GCUGCGCCACGCACAUCCCCGCGCGGCGCGGAAUAAUGUUGAAGACGAUCGCCUCGACGAAUACCGGUUUCCCCGUCGGAUCGCCGCCACCGUGAUCGAACACCGCUGUUUUGCGAAAUCGUUACCGUGUCGCAGGCAUUGCGCAGUCGCAACGUUUCGGAAACAUUGACAACGGCAAUUGUCGCGGCGGCACGAUAAUAACGCGAAUCUUUUCGCUCGAGACCGUCCGGCCCUAUCCGCGUUCCUGUUGUCCGCGUCGAUGCGAUAAGAUUGGAAUAUUGCUACGCGAGCGCCGUCGACCGGCUUCUGGACUUUAGGCCCGUGGCACCGUGAUAAGGUUCCGGCGUGCGACCGAGGAGGGGAACGUAGAAUAUAAAUAAUUAUUGCAACACGACCGUCCGUGGGCGAAAUCGGUGUUUAGUCCACGAUCGCACGCCAUCGCUGCUCAACUCCCGUCCAGGCAGCCGUCUCCGUACAUUCGCCGCCGCACCAAUACCAGUACCGACAGCGCCAACAGAUUUUUUUGUCGACGACGGUUGAACUUGACCGGUCGGCCGGCGAAGGGGGAAAGAAACGAAACCGAGAGUGACUCUGUCGCCGUCGUCGGUGGUGGCAAAGCGAACCGCUCUGCACGCGGUAAAAGUAGUCGAUCCAUUGACGCGCGACUGCAUCACUUGUCGUGACGUACGUACAACCGCUCGGCGAAAGGGAAGAAAAAAAAAACACCCUGAUCAUCAUCUAAAAUCAUUCGUUCUGAUCGUGCUUUCGCAGAAGUUGCUCAAUCGUCCAACGGUUGUGGCUAUUAGUCGAUGUUUUUUAAAGAAAAAGGACACUACGAUCUAGUCGACCAGUCCAAAAUGAGUACUCUAGAAGAAGCUCUUCGUCUAAUAAGGACGUCCUUAAAUUCUCCCCAAAUGGACGUAGAAGGUGCCCACUAUGAUCAAAACAUAACGCAUCUUAUCGUCGUGAUGGGCGCUUCGGGAGAUUUAGCAAAAAAGAAAAUCUAUCCUACUCUUUGGAUGUUAUUUCGUGACAAACUGAUUCCAGAAAAGACAUUUAUUUAUGGAUAUUCACGAUCUAAACUAACCAUGGAACAACUGAAAAGUAACGUUGCUCCAUAUUUAAAAUGCAACGAAAAUGAGAAAAAACGCCUAGCAGAAUUUUGGUCUUAUAAUUUUUAUAUUGCUGGAUCUUAUAGCGAAUCCGCUGAUUAUCGCUCUCUAAACUCGAAACUCGCUAAACAUGAAAUAUCCGGGAUUUCCAAUAGGUUAUUCUAUUUAGCAAUACCACCUUCGUUGUUCGAAGUAACUACUACUCAUAUCUACGAAACAUGCAUGGAUCAUAAAGGUUGGACUCGUGUUAUCGUCGAAAAGCCUUUUGGUCGAGAUGCAGCUAGUUCAUUGCAAUUGAGCGAACAUUUGGCCAAGUUGUUUACUGAAGAUCAAGUGUACCGUAUUGAUCAUUACCUAGGAAAAGAAAUGGUCCAAAAUCUCAUGACGCUCAGGUUCGGAAACAGAAUAUUGAAUACUGGGUGGAAUAGGGAUAAUAUUGCACAAGUGCAAAUUACUUUUAAAGAACCGUUUGGCACAGAAGGCCGUGGUGGGUAUUUUGAUAAUUUUGGCAUAAUCCGAGAUGUUAUGCAAAACCAUUUGCUCCAGAUUCUUAGUUUGUUAGCUAUGGAGAAGCCGGCGACCAUACAUCCUGAUGACGUACGAAAUGAAAAGGUUAAAGUUCUUAAGUGUAUACCUGACGUGAAAAUAUCGGACGUAAUAUUAGGACAGUAUAUUGGUGAUCAAGAGGCUACAGAAGAACAUAAGAAAUUUGGAUAUUGUGAUGACAAGACUGUGCCAAGUGGUUCAAAGACUGCAACGUUUGCGUCCGCUGUUUUGAAAAUUAAUAACGAACGUUGGGAUGGCGUUCCUUUUAUACUAAAAUGUGGAAAAGCUUUAAACGAACGUAAAGCUGAGAUUCGAAUUCAAUAUCAUGAUGUACCUGGUGAUAUAUUCGGCGGAGUUUUAAAAAGAAACGAACUCGUUAUUCGAGUUCAACCAGACGAAGCCGUGUACAUUAAAAUGAUGACCAAAAGGCCUGGUAUAGGAUUCGAAAUGGAAGAAACCGAACUUGAUUUGACCUACAAUCAUCGUUAUAAGAAUGUCAAGUUACCCGACGCUUAUGAACGAUUAAUAUUGGAUGUAUUUUGUGGUUCUCAAAUGCAUUUUGUACGUGCUGAUGAACUCUCUGAGGCUUGGCGUAUUUUCACUCCUCUUCUUCACGAAAUUGAAUUGACUCAACCCGAACCAGCAUUAUACAAAUAUGGUUCUCGUGGUCCUGAGGAAGCUGACGAACUUUCACUUGCUCACAAUUUCAAGUACUAUGGGUCUUACAAAUGGGUUAAACCUCAUACAUAA